AUGGCGGCGCGUUGGAGCAGCGAGAAUGUGGUGGUGGAGUUCCGGGAUUCCCAGGCAACUGCUAUGUCUGUGGAUUGCCUUGGCCAGCAUGCCGUGCUUUCUGGCCGCCGAUUCCUGUACAUCGUUAACCUGGAUGCCCCAUCGGAAGGUCACCGCAAGAUUUCCCGUCAGAGCAAAUGGGACAUCGGAACCGUGCAGUGGAAUCCUCACGACAGCUACGCGCACUACUUUGCAGCUUCGAGUAACCAGCGGGUUGACCUCUACAAGUGGAAAGAUGGCAAUGGGGAAGUUGGCACUGCAUUACAAGGUCACACCCGGGUCAUCAGUGACCUGGAUUGGGCAGUGUUCGAACCGGACCUACUAGUAACCAGUUCAGUCGACACCUACAUCUACAUUUGGGACAUCAAAGACACAAGGAAACCGGCUGUGGCCCUCUCUGCUGUAGCUGGAGCCUCCCAAGUGAAAUGGAAUAAAAAAAAUGCCAACUGCCUAGCCACCAGCCACGAUGGGGAUGUGCGGAUAUGGGACAAGCGGAAACCGAGCACGGCAAUGGAAUAUCUCGCUGCCCACCUCUCCAAAAUCCAUGGGCUGGACUGGCACCCGGACAAUGAACACAUCUUGGCCACAUCCAGUCAGGACAACUCGGUCAAGUUCUGGGAUUACCGCCAGCCUCGGAAAUACCUCAAUAUUCUCCCUUGCCAGGUGCCUGUCUGGAAGGCCAGAUACACUCCUUUCAGCAACGGGUUAGUGACGGUGAUGGUCCCUCAGCUGCGACGGGAGAACAGCCUUCUUCUCUGGAAUGUCUUUGACCUGAACACGCCAGUGCACACCUUCGUGGGGCACGACGAUGUGGUGUUGGAGUUCCAGUGGAGGAAGCAAAAAGAAGGGUCAAAAGACUACCAGCUGGUUACAUGGUCCCGAGACCAGACCCUGCGGAUGUGGCGUGUGGACUCCCAGCUCCAGAGGCUCUGUGCGAAUGACAUUCUGGAUAGCGUCGAUGAGUUCAUCGAGGGCAUUUCUCUUCUGCCAGAGCCGGACAAGACACUCCACCCUCAGGAUUCAGAUCACCAGCACAACUCAAGUCAUGGGGAGGAGGAAGUGGCCUCAAAGGAAGACUCCCCUAACAGCCUUCUGAUGGGAAAGAAAGCAGAUCAGAUGGGGCUGCCUCAGACGCUACAGCAAGAGUUCUCCCUGAUUAACGUGCAGAUCCGGAACGUCAUCGUGGAGAUGGACGUAGUGGAUCGGAGCUGCACAGUAUCCGUGCACUGCGGCAAUCACCGAGUCAAAAUGCUGGUGAAGUUCCCUGUGCAGUACCCCAAUAAUGCCGCUCCUUCCUUCCAGUUUAUUAAUCCCACAACCAUCACAUCCACAAUGAAAGCCAAGCUCUUGAAGAUCCUGAAAGACACGUCCCUGCAGAAAGUGAAACGGAAUCAGAGUUGCCUGGAGCCCUGCCUCCGCCAACUGGUCUCCUGCCUCGAGUCCUUUGUGAACCAAGAAGAUAGUACCUCCAACAACCCGUAUGCUCUUCCCAAUUCCGUCACACCCCCCUUACCAACGUUUGCCCGCGUCACCAAUGCCUAUGGGUCCUAUCAGGAUGCCAAUAUCCCCUUUCCUAGGACCUCCGGAGCCAGGUUCUGUGGAGCAGGUUACUUGGUGUAUUUCACACGACCCAUGACGAUGCAUCGGGCUGUGUCCCCAACGGAACCUACUCCCAGGUCUUUGUCAGCCUUGUCUGCCUACCAUAGUGGUCUGAUCACGCCAAUGAAGAUUCGUACAGAGGCCCCCGGGAACUUGCGCUUGUACAGUGGAAGUCCCACUCGCAGUGAAAAGGAGCAGGUCUCCAUCAGCUCCUUCUACUACAAAGAGAGGAUGUCUCCUCGCUCUGCCCGGCGACGUUGGUCCAUACAAGCAAUUAACGACUUCCCGAAAUCCCGGCGGUGGAAAAGCAAGCGGGAGGGCUCAGACUCCAGCAACCGACCAAUUAAAGCGGCUGGAAAGGUCAUCAUCCAGGAUAUCGCCUGCCUGCUUCCCGUGCACAAAUCCCUGGGAGAGCUGUACAUACUGAACGUGAAUGACAUUCAGGAGACGUGCCAGAAGAAUGCGGCAUCAGCUUUGCUUGUGGGGCGCAAGGAUCUUGUCCAGGUUUGGUCGCUGGCUAUGGUAGCUACUGAUCUCUGCCUCGGCCCGAAGUCUGACCCAGAUUUGGAGACCCCCUGGGCCCGCCAUCCAUUCGGGCGGCAGCUGCUGGAGUCCCUACUUUCCCAUUACUGCCAGCUCCGGGACGUUCAGACGUUGGCUAUGCUUUGCAGUGUGUUUGAAGCCCAGUCCAGGCCGCAGGGAAUACCAAACCCGUUUGGUCCCUUUCCUCACCGUUCCUCCAACCUCGUGUCUCACAGCCGCUAUCCUAGCUUUACCUCUUCUGGCUCCUGCUCCAGCGUGUCGGACCCUGGGCUUAACACGGGUGGCUGGAACAUAGUUUCUGCAGUGGGGCGCGAAACCGAGCAUGCGUCUUCACCCUGGGGCGAGUCGUCUCCAGAUGAAUACCGCUUCGGGAGUCUGACUUACAGUGAUCCUCGGGAGCGGGAGCGGGACCAGCACGAGAAAAAUAAAAGGCUCCUAGAUCCUGCCAACACUCAGCAGUUUGAUGACUUUAAGAAAUGCUACGGAGAAAUCCUUUACCGCUGGGGGCUGCGAGAGAAACGAGCUGAAGUUUUAAAGUUUGUUUCCUGUCCUCCAGAUCCUCAUAAGGGAAUUGAAUUUGGCGUGUACUGUAGCCACUGCCGGAGUGAGGUCCGAGGUACCCAGUGUGCCAUCUGCAAAGGCUUCACGUUUCAGUGUGCCAUCUGCCACGUGGCAGUGCGUGGCUCUUCCAACUUCUGCCUCACGUGUGGGCACGGAGGACACACCAGCCACAUGAUGGAAUGGUUCCGCAGCCAGGAAGUGUGCCCCACUGGCUGCGGGUGCCACUGCCUGCUCGAGAGCACCUUCUGAAUCCCCCACUCCCGCGGGCCGUCCCGCCAAUGACGCUAGAUUCCCGGCUUCUCCCGUAUGCCACCCUCCACGGGAUGGAGGUGGCGUUCCCGGUGGAGGCGGCAGCGCAGGCGUGGGAGCCGCCCACCUCGCCACACCUCCUCGGACACCUUCCCCACUGGUCCCAUGCUGGCAACGGGCCUCGCUCCGGGGAAGGGGAAGGAAGCUGGGCUCGGACCAGGGCGUAACGCGCGAUCAGGAUCGGCUGAGUCGGACCGAACUUCUUGAAGAAAAGCCCCGGGCUCAGAGGCCGGGGCCGAACUCAGGUCACAGACACUGGUCUUUUCAGAUCCAUACGGUACCCACGUGAAGGGAAGAGAGACCAAAGCCACAGGCAAAAGACAAUCUUCUGGGCCAGCUGACACCAGUACAACUGAACUGAAAAGUGGUUCUCGAACCCCUGCAGCUUGGGAUGCCGGUUUGUAUGUUUUGGGAACUCAUGGACACUCACUUUUAAGUUAUUUAAAUAAUAACUAUAAGAUCUACUUAAGGACUUUUUUUUUAAAGUGGUUUGUUUUUUCCAGCUGCUAUUU